AUGCCACGAGCCAACUCUGCCCAUCACGGCGACGAGAACCAGGUUGCUGGCAGCAAGCGCAAGGCGUCGGAGAAUGAUGAUGAGCUCGACGAAACGAACAACCAGCGGCGGGCUGAAGACCUGACCAGUGCGGUCUUGCGUAAAGUCAAGGAAAAGAAAGCCCCCGCUCGCAUGGCCAAAUUGGAGGCGGUCACCCAGGGAAAGGACACCGAGGCCAAAGCAAUGACACAUACUGGCGAAUCGUCAACAGCGCCAUCAGCAGAUACUACCGCCCCUCCCGUGCCGGCAAGCAAGAAGAGAAAGUCAGCCAAGAGUCUUGAGGAGGACAUUGUAGAGUACAAGCAGAACUUGGAUCACAUCAAUGUUGACGGCAUUGUUAUUGGAAGUAGAAACAACUCUGUCAACAAGUUCCUGAAGAAGACUGGCCCAUCGGAGGGUGCCAAGAGUGAUGUAUUCAGGACUGCCUGGAGGCUUGAGGCGUCGAAUGGCACUGUUGCUGGUGGCUCUGGGGCGACCUCCAAGUCUACAACAAUUCCUGACAUAAGCAACAUCUACAUUGAAGGGGAGGAUUCUGACGAGGUGCCCAGUUUCGACACUUGUGACGAGAUCCGCAAGACGACCGACGCUUAUCUCAAGACGCCAGGUCUGACGCAAGCCCAGUUCUGCCGUGAUUUGUACGCGCAGUUGCGAUGCCCGACGGUCGCAGCCAUCCAGAGCAAGUCGCUCAAUGACUUUCGCGGCAAGAAAGGUGCUCGAGCUGGAUGCCCAUCUACCAUCUUCUACGCUGCGUAUGUCUAUUUCGAGAAGUUCAGGUUCGCAUAG